GAUGAUCAGCGAGCGUUGCCCCACUUUCCCCUAAAAUCAAAAUACCCACCGCGCCCUUUUCGCUGCUUCCUAGCGCUAUUCCGGCCGCCGUCGUCGCCGACGCUCUCAUGCGCUGCAUCCGCGCAGAUCGCCCGCAAUGAUGUGGGAUCCUGAGGCCCUGAACUCGUUGGACGGCGAAGACAUCGCUGUUCUGCUUCAAAGCUGGGAGGGCUUUCACGAAUGCACCGACGUUCUCCUACGCGACCGCGGCGACCUCUCCGCCGGUGCUGAUCUUGUCCCCCUCGUAUCGUCUCUCUGCCGUUACGGCCUCGAUUCUCUUGUACAGGAUCACUUCCUUCAGUCCCUCGAAGAAACAUUCAAGUCAAAAGCAGUUUUGAGGUUUUGGAAGCAGUUUGAUGCUUACAGUGUGUCAACGGGAGAAGGAACUGGUUUUCAAGAGGAAAACUGGAUUGAUGGAGUGUUAAGUAAAUCAUUGGAAGAGAUAUGCUUGGAAAAACAUUAUGAGGAAAAAUGCCUUUUGAUGCUGAUCCAUGCUUUGCAGUUACAUGAGGAGAGCAUAGCUGACAGAAAGAUGGGAAUACAGGAAUAUCAGACCUGUCUUACUUCCAGACAUCAGUUAAUGGUGUCUUCUAUUCUUCUAGCAACAUUACCUAUGCAUUUCCCUGAGAUACUCCGCUUAUAUUUUAAGGGAAAGUUGGAAGAACUAAGUAAUAUGAUUGAUGUGCAUCAUGAGGAAGAUGCUUGUCAAUUUCAACUUGACAAUGACAGUUUGCGCCAUCAAAACCGCUGGCCUAUUAGUGUUGGUGAAAUGGAUAUUGACACACACUGUCAUGGGUCUAAUCAUAAUAAGGACAUGUUGGUCAACAACAUUGGUAAAGUUGUUCGUGAUCUUCGAAGUCUUGGUUUUACAUCCAUAACUGAAGAUGCCUAUGCUUCUUCUAUCCUUUUGCUCCUGAAGGAUAAAGUUAAUGCUUUAGCUGGCGAUGAUUACAGGAAUCCUGUUCUUGUAUCUAUUAAAGAGUGGAUUCAGGCUGUUCCUCUUCAGUUUUUACAUGCUCUCUUGGUAUAUUUAGGCGAUUCACCUGUCCAUGAUGCAUCAUCUGGUCUUAAAUCGCCUUUGGCUGCUUCUCCUUCGUACCCUGGGAUAGAAAUGCCUUCAGAAGGGCUUGUAAGAUGGCAACUGCGUCUUGAAUAUUGUGCAUAUGAAACAUUGCAAGACCUUAGAAUUGGAAAACUUUUUGAGAUUAUUGUAGACUAUCCUGAAAGUUCUCCUGCAAUUGAAGAUCUUAGGCAAUGUCUGGAGUAUACUGGACAGCAUUCAAAGCUUGUCGAUUCAUUUAUUUCUUCCUUGAAAUAUCGAUUGCUUACUGCUGGUGCAUCAACAAAUGACAUAUUGCAUCAAUAUGUGUCCACUAUCAAGGCACUUAAGACUAUAGAUCCGACUGGGGUAUUCCUCGAGGCAGUUGGUGAACCAAUUAGGGAUUACUUGAGGGGAAGAAAGGAUACCAUAAAAUGCAUUGUCACAAUGCUCACUGAUGGGACAGGGGGAAAUUCCACUGGUUCUGGUAAUUCUGGUGAUAGUCUGCUUGAAGAGUUAAACAGAGAAGCAGAGAACCAAGAGAGUGCUGAUUAUGAUGAUGAUACAAACCUUGAUGAUAAGCAAGCAUGGAUAAAUGCUGAAAGGUGGGAACCAGAUCCAGUAGAGGCAGACCCAUCAAAAGGUAGCCGGAGAAGGAAGGUUGACAUCCUUGGAAUGAUAGUUGGCAUAAUUGGCUCAAAGGAUCAGUUAGUUAAUGAAUAUCGUGUUAUGCUAGCAGAAAAGCUCCUUAACAAGUCUGAAUAUGAUAUUGACUCAGAGAUACGUACUUUAGAGCUCCUUAAGAUACACUUCGGGGAGGGCAGCAUGCAGAAAUGUGAAAUAAUGCUUAAUGAUCUAAUUGAUUCAAAACGAACAAAUACUAAUAUUAAAGCUACUGUACCACCAUCAUCUUCUACUUGUUCUGAACCAGAAGCAACACAUUUAUCCCUUGACGUUCUGGAUUCCACCAUAAUCUCUUCCAGUUUUUGGCCAACCAUCCAGGCAGAGUCUCUUAAUCUCCCCAAUUCUAUCGAAGAACUACUAUCAGAGUAUGGGAAGAGGUUUCAUGAGAUCAAAACUCCUCGUAAGCUGCUAUGGAAGAAAAAUCUUGGGACAGUGAAGCUGGAGCUGCAAUUUGAGGAUCAGAAUAUGCAAUUUACUGUAAGUCCACUGCAUGCAGUAAUUAUUAUGCAAUUCCAGGAACAGCUAAGUUGGACUUCUAAGAACCUUGCAGUUGCUGUUGGAGUUCCUGUUGAUAUACUUAACAAAAGAAUUAACUUCUGGAUAAACAAGGGAGUUCUCUCCGAGUCUGGUGGAUCCGAUUCUGAUCGUAUUUUUUCCAUUGCCACUGGCAUGGUUGAUUCUAGCAAGAGCAGUAUAAACAAUGGAAGAUGUGAAGGUGUACUAGCAAUGGACGAGGAAUGUGAGAGAUCUGUUGCCUCUGUUGAGGAACAGUUGAGGAAAGAAAUGACAGUAUAUGAGAAAUUCAUUGUAGGGAUGCUCACAAAUUUUGUCAGUAUGCCGGUGGAUAGAAUACAUAACACUUUGAAGAUGUUCUGCAUAGCUGAACCUUCAUACGACAAGUCUCUCCAACAAUUACAGAGCUUCCUUUCCAGCCUAGUAGUCGAAGAAAAGCUAGAAUUGAGAGAAGGGAUGUACUUCCUGAAGAAGCAGCAUUGAUUACCAUGCAUGCAUCUACAUCUCAAAUAGGAAAGCAAGAUUUGGUUUAGCUAUUGUUCUGUGCUGUAAUAUAUACAUGUACUUCCUGAAGAAGCAGCAUUGAUUACCAUGCAUGCAUCUACAUCUCAAAUAGGAAAGCAAGAUUUGGUUUAGCUAUUGUUCUGUGCUGUAAUAUAUACAUGUAUCUGCUAUUUCCUUUUCAUUUCUUCUUACAUCUCACUGUUAUUGCAUUAUCUAACUUUAUUAAUAUUAUAAUCAC